GCGAUCGAUUGGGUUUUACGAUUUUGGUUUAAGGUUUCAAGUUUCCUUAAUCGUUUCUUUGACUAUUGUUGUAGCGAUCCGGAAAGCGCUUGAAUCGGAGUGGAAUCAUCGUUGAGUACGUGGGGUGUGGAGAAACCAUCAUUGACAGAUUGAAGAUCAGUGUGAAUCUUUGACUUGAACGGCUAAAGAAGUAGCAACAAGAAAAACAGAUAAGUUCUUUUACUUCUUUAGUCUUUUAUGUUUUAUUGCUUUGGUUUUUUAGUAUUAUGGAACCGGUAGACACUGUUCUCCUGAAGAUUCUUACUUUAGUUUUAGUUUUAUCAAACCCCAAAUAGAUCAUGGGCAGACACUUAUAGUGUUCUAGCCAGAUCCUUAUUUUGGGGACAUCGUCCCGAGUCCCUGUUGCGUGAAAGCUUUAGACCCAAAUGAUAUUUAAACCCAUCUCCCUAGAAACUGUUGGUUGUGGUAGUGCAUGUCUAAGAAAGAGAUGUAUGGGGGAUCGAAAGUAAUACAUAAUUUAGUACCCACGGCUUUUCAGAAACAACCAUCGGCUUAAAAUAGUCUUCAGACAGAAAAUAACUAUGUCUUUAGACAAAGGCUAUGAAUUGGUUUGAGCUUGUUGGAUGGAAAAUAACGACCACAAGUGAUGAAAACCAAUUGUCCCAAGCCCCGUUGCGUGAAAUAACGAUCACAAGUUAUGAAAAGUAGUUGGAAAAUAUUGUUACCCACGGCUUUUGUUAAUGGGUGGUUUUAGACCAUAUUGGUAUGGACGGUUUGAUAGAGUGUCUUCAGACAAAGAGUAAAUCUAAACCACCAUCCAUUGCUUACACUACAAGAAAACACGGGCUUAGCGACGAAAGUUAGCGACGAAAUAAUUUCCUCGUAAAAUUACGAGGCCUUUACGAGGAAGUUACGUGAAAAGACAAUAAACACGUUAUUUCGUCGUUAAUUAACGACGAAAGAGUUUCGUCGUAAACCAGACGUAAAGGAACGUCGUUUUUACGAGGAAACAGCAUUUCGUCGUAAUGAACACGUAAUAAUUAACGUGUAAUUAACGAGGAAAAUAUUUACGUGGUUUUUGCGAGUGUCACCUAAUUUUAGGUGACACACGUUUUUUAUCUUGUCUAACUACCCAUAUUUCGUCGUUAAUUCGUAGUAAAAUCUCACCUACCAAUUUUGAAUUUUCCUAUAAAUAUGUCAUUUGAGGAACAUUUGAAACACACCACAUGCAAAAGAAAAAAAAAUCUAAAAACGUGAAAAAAAAAAUGUCUGGUGAUGGAAAUUAUUUAGAGUUGCGGAGAUGGAUGUACACGCAUAAAGAUGCUAACGGGAGAGUGACGAAAGAGUAUUUGGAAGGACUAGAGACAUUUAUGCAUCAAGCAGAUUCUACACCGCUCGCCCAAGAAAGCGGUAAGAUGUUUUGUCCUUGUCGAAAAUGCAACAAUUCAAAACUGGCAACUCGUGAAAAUGUUUGGAAGCAUUUAAUAAAUAGAGGUUUCAUGCCAAAUUACUAUAUCUGGUUUCAACAUGGAGAAGGUUAUAAUUAUGAGAAUGAAGCUAGUAGUAGUAAUAGCAAUUUUCAGAAUGAACCGGUUGAUCAUUUGCAUAAUCAACAUAGAUACUAUCAGGAGGAGCAGAUGGUAGAUAAUUAUGAUAGGGUUCAUGAUAUGGUAGCUGAUGCAUUUGUUGCUCAUGAUGAUGAUGAAGUUGAAGAACCUAACAUAGAUGCAAAAAAGUUUUAUGAAAUGUUAGAUGCUGCGAAUCAGCCACUUUACAGUGGUUGUAGAGAAGGUCUCUCUAAAUUGUCGUUGGCUGCUAGAAUGAUGAGUAUUAAAACUGAUCAUAAUCUACCUGAAAGUUGCAUGAAUGCAUGGACAGACUUGUUUAAAGAGUAUUUGCCGGAAGACAAUGUCUCUGCUGAUUCUUAUUAUGAGAUUCAGAAACUAGUUUAUAGUCUGGGGUUGCCUUCUGAGAUGAUAGACGUUUGCAUCGACAACUGCAUGCUCUACUGGGGAGAUGAUGAGAAGUUAGAAGAGUGUCGAUUCUGCAAGAAGCCACGAUUCAAACCGCAAGGACGAGGACGUAAUAGGGUACCGUACCAAAGGAUGUGGUACCUACCAAUUACCGACAGAUUGAAAAGAUUGUACCAAUCUGAGGAGACUGCUGGAAAAAUGAGAUGGCAUGCCGAGCAUACUCAGACGGAUGGUGAGAUGACUCAUCCAUCAGAUGCAAGAGCUUGGAAACAUUUUAACAAAAUAUAUCCACAAUUCGCUAGCAAUAGCCGAAAUGUGUAUAUGGGAUUAUGCACGGACGGAUUUAGUCCCUUCGGUAUGUCAGGGAGACAAUAUUCAUUGUGGCCAGUCUUUAUGACGCCAUACAACCUGCCUCCAGAUACGUGCAUGCAACGGGAGUUUCUGUUCUUGACCAUAUUAAUACCUGGUCCGAACCAUCCAAAAAGGUCUCUGGAUGUCUUUCUACAGCCACUGAUAAAAGAGUUGAAAGAUUUGUGGUCAACAGGGGUGAGGACGUACGACUGCUCAACGAAGACAAAUUUUACGAUGCGAGCGAUGCUUUUGUGGACCAUAAGUGACUUUCCUGCUUAUGGGAUGUUGUCUGGGUGGACUACACAUGGGAGAUUAUCUUGUCCAUAUUGUAAUGGAACGACAGAUGCAUUUCAGCUGAAGAACGGUAGGAAGACAAGUUGGUUCGAUUGUCACCGGCGAUUUCUUCCCAUUAAUCAUCUUUAUCGAAGAAACAGGAAAUUGUUUAGGCAGAAAAGGGUUGUGAGAGACACUCCUCCUCCGUAUUUAACUGGAGAACAAAUUGAACAGCAAAUCGAUUACUACGGAGCUCAAGAAACAGUUCGUUGUGGUGGUAAUUGGCAUGUUCCCGGUAAUAUGUCUGAUUAUUAUGGAGUUCAGCACAACUGGCACAAGAAGAGUAUAUUUUGGGAGUUGCCGUAUUGGAAGGAUCUUCUUUUGCGCCACAACCUAGAUGUGAUGCAUAUUGAGAAGAAUUUUUUUGAGAACAUCAUGAAUACAAUAUUGAAUGUUCCAGGGAAGACAAAAGACAAUCAAAAAUCUAGGUUGGACUUGCCUGAUAUUUGCUCAAGACCCGAGUUACAUAUAAAAAGCAAUGGACAAGUUCCUGUACCGGUAUUCAGAUCGUCUUCAGAACAAAAGUCGGUCUUGUUCAACUGGGUUGCAUCAGCAGUGAAGUUUCCUGAUGGGUAUGUUUCAAACCUCUCUAGAUGUGUUGAAAAGGGCCAAAAGUUCUCCGGGAUGAAGAGUCAUGAUUGUCAUGUCUUUAUGCAAAGACUAGUUCCCUUUGCAUUUGCGGAGCUACUUCCAACAAAAGUACAUGAAGCACUUGCAGGUAAUAUAUUAUUACUCACACUAAUUAAUUUCUUAAUUUAUUUUUCAAAAAUAUGCACUAAUAAUUUGCUUAAUUGUUUUUGGAAUAUACAAAGCCAUUGGAGCAUUUUUCAGGGACUUGAGCACUCGCACUCUUAAAGAGGAUGUCGUAGAACAACUUCACGAGAACAUUCCAAUCUUAUUGUGCAACUUGGAGAUGAUAUUUCCUCCCUUAUUUUUUGACGUCAUGGAGCAUUUAGCUGUCCACCUCCCGUAUGAGGCAUUGCUUCG